AUGCCGACAGUGACAGUGGUGUAUGGGCACAAGCUAUCGACUACCAUAGACAUUCUUCCCGAUGAGACGGUUCUUCAGCUGAUAGAAAGGUUUAUGAAGAUGUGCAGCAUGCCUGGCCAUGCUGUCAAUGCGAUUGUUCGGAUAAAUGGCCAAACAUUGACCCAUGACAGUAAGUGCAGCAGCAUCCAACCUAAUUCCACCCUCAUUUACAUGAACCCUUCUGCCACCUUCUCGGCCCCCAUCCAGAAGGCUCUUGCGAGAGGACGUGCAAACCCCCCAGCAGUCCAGCGACUUAUUGACGAAGACAUCAAACAAGUAUAUGAUCACUAUCCUGAGCUUCUUGUUAAUAAUACCAACAGUGUGUAUAUUCACAUAGAGUUGAACGGACACCCAGACAUUGCUGUAAUCGAUACCGGUGCGGAGUUCUCAACAAUCAGCCUAGAAACUGCAAUCCGCUGCGGGCUGGAAGACCACAUAGACAAACGGCAGGAGGGAAAAGCUCUGGGAAUAGGGUCCAGCAAGAUAGUAGGCAAGAUCCAUCUUGUGCAGCUCAAGUAUGGUGACGAAUACUUUGCCACCAAUUUUAUGGUAGUAGAGAACGUUGUUGGGACACUGCUGGGCAUGCCCUUUCUCCGGAUGCACCGGAUGGUGAUAGACUUAGCGAUAUACCAGAUACGAAUUGGUGACGUUUCUCUUCCCAUAAUGUCAGACGCAGAAGUUGAGGCAUACAAAGCAGAGAUGAUGAGCAGGGCAGAUGUAGAUGCUCAUAUGUAA